AUGGAAGUUGCGGCCGGUGCGUGCCCGACGGCGGCGGUGGUGGUGGCGGUCGCGGUUGGCUGUUCUGCUGGUGCUGAUCGUCGCUACCGCGCUGGCGGUGCCGCUGCCCGAGCCAGACCCCGAACCCGCGCCCGGCGGCUGGGGCGGAAAGCACGAGCAUUACAUCAUCCACGUGCCCUACCACGUGCACACCGUCCACCACCACCACAUCAAGAAGGUGCCCGUGUACAUCAAGAGCCACGGCUGGGGAUGGGACUGAGCGCGCAGGCUGACUUCAUCCGAUUCAUCAAUCACAAUCCACUUUCGUAGUUAGGUACUAAUAAUGGGCCAGAGAGCUUCUUCGGAAUUUGCUGGCUCAUCUCUGUCAUCAAUCAUCCUGUUCUCACUUGUUGACUUUGUUUAAAUGUUGACAUAUCAUGUUUUGUAUUAUAUGUUGUGUACAGUUUGUAAAAUACACGUUUUUAUACUUUUUACCU